AUGUACGGCGCAAUUCGGGGAUCGUCCAAGGUCCUCGUACGGGCUUCCACGAGGACCACUGGAGCUCCAUGCUUCCUCCGCCGUUCUUACGCCUCUCCUGCCGCCGGCGCUCCCAUCCACCAGGUCUUCAACCGCCGCACCAAAUGGCUGCAGAAGGAGCGUGCGGCAUCAGACACCGAGGGGAGUCGGACCGCCGACUAUCUGAAAGAUGAGGUCGCCGUCCGCCUCUGUGAACGGCUGCUGGAUAUCAAGCGCCACUACCCCAAGGUCCUCGAUGUCGGCGCCAACUCGUGCAACAUUGCGCGAGCCUUGGUCGCCCCGAACCCAGACCCCGACCCCAACAUGCCAGAGGUCGAGCCGCUCGUGACCCGCGUCGGCCAUCUCACGUCCGCCGAAUCCUCCGAGACUCUGCUGUACCGCGAUGUCGACAUGCCUUUCAAUAAGCAGAUCAACAUGACGCGAGAGGUCCUGACCGACGAGGAAACGCUCCCCUACGAUGCCAACUCCUUCGACCUAGUCCUAAGCUCACUGAGCUUGCAUUGGAUCAAUGACCUCGUUGGCAUGCUGGCCCAGAUCAAUAACGUCCUCAAGCCGGACUGCGCCUUCAUGGGCGCCAUGCUGGGCGGCGACUCGCUGUUCGAGUUGAGGACCUCCUUGCAGCUCGCAGAGCAGGAACGGCGUGGCGGUAUGUCGCCCCGUGUCAGCCCUCUAGCCGACGUCCGCGAUGUCGGCGGCCUUUUGCAGAGGGUAAACUUCAAGAUGGUCGGUGUUGAUGUCGACGAUAUCAUCGUUGACUACCCGGAUAUAUUUGCGCUGAUGCAGGAUCUGCAAGCAAUGGGUGAGAACAACGCCGUCCUGGGUCGCGAGAUGGGCCCUAUACAGCGCGAUGUGCUCUUGGCCGCCAACUCCAUCUAUAAGGAGCUCCAUGGAAACGAGGACGGGACCAUCCCUGCGACCUUCAGGAUGAUUUACAUGAUCGGUUGGAAGGAGUCCAAGGACCAGGCGAAACCAUUGCCCAGGGGCAGCGGAGAAAUCAACCUCAAAGACGUGCUAGAGAGCAAAUAA